CGCAAUUGCUUCGAGGGCCGGAACCACCGACGCGACGCCAUGAACAAGCAGAACGAACACGACCUCUCGGCCGGCGGCGCCCAGGACUCGCAGGAGCUGACGGUCUUCGUGCAGAGCCUCCUGGAGCAGAUGCAAUCGCGGUUCGCACAAAUGUCAGAGGCCAUCAUCGGAAGAAUCGACGAGAUGGGCAGCCGGAUCGACGACUUGGAAAAGUCCAUUGGCGAGCUCAUGGAACAGUCCUCGACCGAAGGCAAGCCCGCGCCCAAGGAGUAAUCGUCUUCUUAACACGACACGACGAUGAUGAUUUGCGCCGUAUUAAAACCCAAACUCUUCUUCGUCGUG